GCCCUAAGUCACUAUGUACAGCAGUAAAGCGCGGGAAAAUUCAAGAUGGCGGAUGGGGACGGAGAAGUCUCUGGUAAUACUCUCUCCAUACUUAUCGCAACUGAUGUGCAUCUUGGAUAUGCUGAGAAAGAUCAAGUUAGAGGGAACGAUUCCUUUGUGACGUUUGAAGAGACUCUGCAAAUCGCAAAGAAGAGAAAUGUUGAUUUCAUUUUACUUGGAGGAGAUCUCUACCAUGAGAAUAAACCAUCUCGCAGGACUCUACAUGCCUCCAUGGCUCUAUUCAGGAAAUUCUGCAUGGGGGACCGUGUAUGCGAAGUGGAGUUUCUCAGUGACCAGUCAAUCAACUUUGCUAAUAAUAGAUUUCCCUGGGUCAAUUAUGAGGACCCAAACCUGAACGUUUCCAUUCCUGUAUUCUCAAUACAUGGUAACCAUGACGAUCCAGCAGGGGAGGGUAAUCUGUGUGCAUUAGAUCUCCUGAGUGUCUGUGGGCUUGUGAACUAUUUUGGCCGGCCAGCGUCUGUUGACGACAUUACUGUGUCACCACUCCUGCUGCAGAAGGGUGCCACUAAACUGGCUCUUUACGGACUGGGCUCAGUGCGGGAUGAGAGACUUCACAGAACAUUUGUCAAUAACAAAGUGAAGAUGCUACGACCUAAAGAGGACCCAGAUUCCUGGUUCAAUGCAUUUGUCUUGCAUCAGAAUAGGGCAAAGCAUGGUCACACAAACUACAUCCCAGAAAAAUUCCUGGACACUUUCCUGGACUUGGUGGUGUGGGGGCAUGAGCAUGAGUGCUUGAUAGAUCCUCGUCAAUCUGAUGACACUUCAUUGCCUUUUUGGAUAACUCAGCCAGGAUCUACAGUUGCAACUUCACUAUCACCUGGAGAGUCCAAGCAAAAGCAUGUGGGAAUUCUUGAGAUCAGGCCAGAUAAGGCCUUCAAGAUGACCAAGGUACCUCUGCAAACAGUCCGGCCCUUUUACAUGGAGGAUAUCAUCUUGAGUGACACAGACCUGGAUCCAGCAGAGGAAGAAAGAAUCUAUGCAUUCCUCACCGACAAGGUUGAGCAGCUGAUUUCAAGAGCUGAGGAUGAACAUGCAGGGAAUAUUCAUCCAAGGAAACCUAGUAAACCACUCAUUCGUCUCAGGGUUGACUACAGCGGGGGAUUUCAGUCCUUCAGCACUCUCAGAUUUGGACAACAAUUUGUAGAUCGCGUUGCAAAUCCCAAAGACAUCCUGCUCUUCCAUAGAAAGAAAGUCCAGCAGGCAAAAUGCAUCAGACCUGACAUCGAUGAGAAGUUGCUUCACUUGCGGCCUGAGGCUCUGGACAAUACAAGGAUGGAAGACCUGGUUAAAGACUAUCUGAGAUCGAAAGAUAAUGCUUUAGACCUUCAGAUCCUAUCUGAGAAUCGCAUGGCUCAAGCUCUGCGAGAAUUCGUAGAUAAAGAUGAGAAAGAUGCAAUCCAAACACUAGUGUCCUGGCAACUAGAGGUCACUCAGAAACACUUGAAGCAACGCAACAACGUAACAGCCGAGAACAUCGAAGAAGCAGCGCAGAAGUACACAGAGCUGAGGCGGCAGAAGGAGGGGGAUGAAGAGGAAGAGGAGCAAAUUAAGAAGGUUCUUGCAGAGUCUCGAAGCCAAGUCCACGAUGAUGAUGAGAUGAGUGAUGAGAGUAUGGAUAGUAUGGAUGUUGACGCUCGACCGCAAGGCAAGGGCAGGGGGCGAGGAAGUAGAGGAGGAGGUCGAGGCAGCAGAGGCGGCACGCAUGCUAGUAGGGGUACAGGAGAGGGUCGAGGCAGAGGCCGGGGAUCCCGUGGGGGGAGGGGACGGGGCGCAGCUUCCGCGGCAAGGAAAGGCAGUCUUAUCACUGACUCAUUUUCGUCUGCAUCGAAGUCCAGCGACGUCACGUUGAUCAGCAGCUCUGAAGAUGAAGAGUUCAAUGCUCCCCUUUCCUCGGCCAAGACUAGUACUCAAGGAAAGCGAGCUCCAUCAGGACGAAGCGUGAGCAAGAAAGCUAUCCAGUACCAGGACGAUAGUGAUGAGUCCGAUAACCCAUUUAGCCAUGCCCCUAGCAGCAAGCGGCAGCGGAGAUGACGUAACCAUGGCAACGCCCAAGCGGCGAAGAUGACGUAACCAUCAACGCGCCAAACAGCGAGUGACUGCUUGAAUGCUGCUAUAGCGAUAGUGACCAUGGCAACGCACCGAACAUUGCCAAAGAAUCGCUGGCUGUAGUGUGAAGC